UAGCAAACGUUGCUCCUUACACUUGCAGCAAAAACGUAAAAUAUCUCAUAUUUCUUAAGAAAUUUUAUUAGUGUACAGGUUUUUCAUGUCAUGGAUAAACAACUUUUGCAUCCAAAUUCCUCGGUUUUGAAUUAUAAAUUAACAAAAUCUGCUAGUUUUUCUGAAUUAUCAAGUAAAAAGAAAAUAGUUAUAGAAAAACAAUAUCAAACACAAACACAUGGAAAUCUUUUAAAGCAGUACAGCUGUGAACAGAUUUUUGAUAAAAAAUGCAAUACAAACCAAAUAAAAGUUUCACAUACAUACAAAACUGAUAAUGCAGAACAUGAGAAUACAUGGGAAAAAACUAUACCUGCUUGUGAUUCCUUGAAAAAACCAUUGUGGUUCAGCAAUACUAAUAAUCAAUCAAAUUUUCAAAGUUCAUUUUCAAAUCAAACUUUGACUGAAAAACGUGACCUUAAUGCAAAACCAAUCAUUUUACCAGCGAAACUUGUAAUUGAUGAAAAUAAGUUGAAUCAAUUAAGCAUAAAAGAAAAGUGUGAUCUUGAUGAUGAUAAGCAAGUUUACUUAAAAAAUGUAAAUCCUAAUAUAUCUCCUAAUUAUCUUUUCAAAAAACCACUACUACGAAAAAAUUCUGAUUAUGGAAAAAUGGAUAAGCUACAGAGAACAAUUCCAAAAAUUGCUCAUGAGGAGAAUAAAUUACUCAAGAGUGAAGAAAAUAUACAGGACCGACUCGAUACAUCUCAAUUGAAAAAGAGACUUAGGUCACUUAUUGCAAUAGAACCGAAAAAGAAGAGUAAUACAUACCUGUGUUGGUCACUAAUGUUUUUUAUAUUACUUCCAGUUACUAUUAUAUCUUUGGGAUUGAUUCUUAACACUGUAAAAAAUCCUAAUAGUUUUUGCACCCCACAAUUCAACUUGAAAACAAUCACACAAGAACUAAAAAAAUAUAUUUAUGAUCAAGAUAUUGCUAUAAGUGAACUUGCAAAAUUUUUUAUUGAAAAAGAAAACCAGACUAGUUUUGAAGUGCUAGUAUUUGUUGGUGGAAUUGGAGUUGGAAAAUCAUAUACAGCUGAAAUAAUAAUUAAUAACGUAAAAAGUACCAACAAAAUUUUUGAUGUUUAUCCGCCAUUGUAUAACAAAGAAGAUGAAGUGUAUAGAGCUCUUUCAGUGUGUCGCUGCAACUUUAUAAGACUUGAAAAUUUAAAGACUGAUGACAUUGUUGAUGCUGCAAAUUUUAUAAGUAAUCUGAGAAGACAAGCAGAAAAAUUUUGCAUUCUUAUCUUAGCUUUAUUUAAUACUGAGGAGGUAGAUCAUAAUUUGAAAAGGACUAUAGAUCAUGAUAGGUCAAUCUCAAUAAUUAAAGAUAAAUUUGGAAGACUGGAUUUGCAGCCUAAUAUAAUGAGUUUCAUGACAUUGAGUCAUGCGGCAUUGGUGAAAUGUGUGAAAGAUGCAGGAGACUUCAAUAAGGUGAAAUUAUCGAAUGACGACAUUGAGUACGUGAUGCGUGAUUUGCUGACCGCCGAAAGUGGAUGUAAGGGAGCGUACGCAAAGGUUCAACUUGUAGGCAAAACGUAAAAACGUGAGUUAUGUAACUGAUGCGACUCCGAAUCUAAAGUAAACAAGAAAUUACACUGCAUUUACAAAUUAGUAUUAAUAGUUGUAAUAAGUAGAUCAUGUGAAAGCGCAAGCAUGAUUGGUCGUUGUUGCAAUGACUCGUUUAAAUGAAUACAGUUUCUUUCUUUUGACUGUCGCGCUGGUAAUUUGAAAUUUAACAAGAUCUUAAAAAGUAUUUGUGUAAAGUAUACCGCUAGGGCGUGGACGACAACAGAAUUGCAGGCAAUUCGUAGCUUCAAAAGAGAAAGCAAUUUGUAUUUUUUGCGCACUGAAAGCGUAACGCUCCUAUUAAUUACUGGCCAAUUGUUUGCGUUAUAAAGCUGAGGGAUAACAAUAAAUCAGGAGAAAGACGAGCGAUAAAAAUGCGUUAUGCUGGCAAUGCGUAACUGGCGCGGCAGCAAAGAGGAGCGCGCGAAAGAACCGCGAGACAAUUUGCCGGUUGUAUAUUGGGGGCCUGCCGAAUUAGGCGCUGCGCGUUAAAUUAGCAGCUGGCUCGCACCGACCGCAGCCGAGCUAUGUAAUGCGCGCGAGCUUCCUUACGGCUGUAAUCGCAUUUCACUUUUUCACCUAUUAUGAGCUGUGUCGACAAUUGGCGCAGGAUAGCGACGAGCGGCGACUGUUGCGUGCGCCUUACAUUCGGCCGAGUCCUUUUCGAAAAUCCGCAGCUCCGCGGGGAAACGUUGCGUUACUCUAUUACGCCUGUUAUGCAAAGACGAAGAGAAAGAAACAUGAACGAGUGAGCGGGAAAAUAUGACGCGUGCUACUCGAUUACGAUGAUAUAAUAAAAGCGCUCUCUUACGAGAUACCAGCGACUUUGUAUGUCGUUUAUAUUAAUUUCUAUAUUGAGCCUCGUCAUUGCCAGCGUCGAUUGUCACUGUUUAAUAGCACAUUCGAUCAAACGGUUAUUCAACUGUGUAUUUAGAGCAAACUACUUAUAAAAAAAAUGGAGUAUAACAUUCGUGGCAUCCUAACUGAAUAAAACAGUCGAACUA